AUGUCUGUCUUGGAGGAGCCCGCCAUCGGCCUGAGUACGUCCGCGGCGGUCGAGGUAGAGGGCGAGGAGCUCAUAUAUGCCCUGUCGCAAAGGAUAUUCGUCAACUUGCAGACGCUGGCCAAAUCCAAACCGGUCCUAUCACAAGAAGUCGAGAAGACGAGAUCAAAGUUUCAGAAAUGGUGCAACACGCUCGGUGCAAAUAUUCGAGGUGUCUACUCCCUAGAUGAGCGCCUGCGCGACGCUUCAGCUGUGAAGCGGUACAUUGUAAACUGCCUGGGCGACAUCGCCGAAGCGCUAGAAGAAACGCAGGCUGUAUCUCACAAGCCAGAAGCUACACUAUCCUCGCCAUCAAGGAACGAAGACGCCGCUCUUAAACUCCUGAUAGAGAAGUCCGUAAUAUCAGAUCCACUAGGUUUUGAGAAUUCCAUGCUCGAUGUCUUGUUCCUCGUUAUCCCUGUGAUACGGCCUGCUCUUUCACCUGACCGCUAUGAGAAAGCUAUGGCUACAGAGCUGCCAGACGAAGAAGAGUUCAAAAGAUUGUGUAGCGACAAUUUAAUCAGCCUCUUUCCUGCAAUAUCACCCGCCCUUUUAGCUCGACUGGUCUCAGCUAGUUUGCAACGUCGGCGAUUUUUCCAAUACACUUCGAAUUACAGCCUGAAGUUCCAAUCUGCUGGCCCUGUUGAAGAUCAGGAGUCUCCCAAUUACACGAUUCCACGUUCCGACGGCACUGACGAGGGGGAUACUGAGUCGAUUCUGAGCAGGGCAGACUCAAAGCUGACACUCACGGGCGCUUUUGGUCAAGAACGUCCAACCGCGGACAACGAUACGGACUCUAUGAUGUCAAUGGCAAAGUCUAAUCGAGACAUGGCAUACUCGGUCCCGGCGUUCCCAGAUGAAUCUGAGGGAGGUUUACGUGAAUGCGUUGCCUGCCAUCUUACUCUGCCUCUUCGAGAUAAAGCGACCUGGAGAACACAUAUCUUGAGAGAUAUCAGACCAUAUGUCUGUACCUUUCCAGACUGUAACGUUGACCCCAACAAGCUCUACUCUAGCCGCCGCGUAUGGUUUGAGCACGAGCUGAAAUUCCAUAGACGCCAGUGGUUUUGUCCGCUAGGAUGCGCCACCAUCAUUGAAGAUCUCACUUCACUUCAAGCCCAUGUUGCUUCCGUGCACCCUACUCAUAUACGUGAGCUGAUCUCAGAUGCCCUUCCACGCAUGCAGGAAAUUUCCGCCAACGCAGAAGCUCAAUGCCCUUUUUGUCUUAUGAAUAUUAAACCUCGACGAAAGAUUGAGUCCCACAUAGCAUGGCAUCAGGUGCAAGUAGGUUUGAUGGUGCUUCAGUCAUCUGUCAUUGAGGAUUCGGACGAGGAAGAUGAGGCUGAGCAGGAGGAGGAGGAGGAAGUACCAGAUAUGCCGAGCUUUCCUUCCAUGGACCUUCCCGUUCAACAGAGUUCUAAUCCAGUGCUCAGUUCUCCGCAUAUCUCCGACAUAGUAGAUAACCCAAACAACACAAGUUCUGAGAGUCUGCCGAAGGAAAUCAGUAAAGCAGGGAUAGUCACCAAAUCUGCAAAGUGGGACGACUGGCGGGGUACCUCUCCGAAACCUUCUGAGAGUCUGCCGAAAGAAAGCAGUAAAGCAGGGAUAGUCACCAAAUCUGCGAUGUGGGAUGACUGGAGGGGUACCUCUCCAAAACCCAUAUCUCCCAAAACACAAACUGCGAACUUAUCCAGCGGCUUAGAAACAGCAUCAAGCACAGCGGCCUCUUUGAAUCCUCAUUACCGGGAGGCCAUUGCGGCGUCCGCUCCAGUGGUGGACGGUGGUGAAACACAUAACUACUCCAACGAGCGGCUUCUAGCAGGCAAGCCAUAUAAUAUCGGCUUGUCGCCGGGUAAUGCGAAACGGAGCUCCAGUACGCGUCACACUUGGUUUUUAAUGCCAAAUUUUGAUUUCACGCCUACCCCGGACAGUCCUGUCCGUCUCGGACAGGUUUUGACGAAUCCGCUCCAUCCUGAGGACGGCAUUAUAGACCCAGGAGAACUUGAUGCCAUCUUGCCACAAUGGAAAAUGAAUCAAACUAGGAGUCGGCAAUCGGAGGCAACAUAUGAACUUGGCGGCCUCAGAGUCCGCGCAAUAACAUUAGAGACAUUACAACUUCAACAAGUAGCACAAUGCGUAGAUAAGCUGGGAGAAACGCCGGAAGUUCGACGUAUUCUCAGAGAGAAGAAUAGAUUCGGCUCGCGAAAAGUCUAUGUUAUCACUGGCUUGAAAGUCAUAACGGAUUCUCAAGUGAAUAUAGGGGAAGAAAAGUCACUGGAGCUGGGCGUUUCUGCUGGUAUCCCUCUUGGUCCUGAAGUGUCCAUAGGGUACGGUUCUACAAUCGAGAAAGGCACUAGCUAUCGGAUAGCCGAGCCGGUCAUAUUUGCCUACUGCCUUGCACAAGUCCGCACAUCGUUUCUUGGGGUGCAGGCAAUAGCUCGAUACACGAAGGGGGCUGUAUUGUGA